UUAGCGCGAUUGUAAGACCGCAUGGAUUUAAGAUCGCGAUCUUAGCUAAGACUGAACUCUUCAGCGGUGGAGGUAAGAAAACACAUGAGUCAUGCGUCAUUGGCUACGAUGUAGAAUUACCUCCCUUGUCGUAUCGGCAGACGACACAUUGUUGCAACUUGUCGAAAUGUCAACAGAGAAGAGGGUGCGCCGCAGUAAUUUUACUGAACAAGAGCUAUCCGUGUUGACGGAUGAAGUUACACGCAGUAAUGAUGUUUUGUUCGCCCCAUUCUCCCCAAUAGUGACGAGUAAGCGAAAGGCGGACAUGUGGGAAAACAUAGCCGACAAGGUCACUGCUGUCAGCUCGACAAGGCGGAGUGGCGCAGAUGUUAGGAAGAAGUGGAACGAACUGAAAUGCCAAAUAAGAAAAAAGGCACAAACAACAAAGAGGGACAUGAUGAAAACAGGAGGAGGCCCUGCUCCAACUCCUCUCUCAGAUUUGGAGUCUAAGGUUAUCUGCUUGAUACCUGCCUGCCAAAUAGAUGGCAUUCCUGGGGGAGUUGAAAGUGGUUUGUGUGCCAGUAAGUGCAAAACAUGUUAUUCUCAUUGGAAAGUACAAAUUGAUCUUUACAUAAAAUGGGUACUGGCAAUAUCAGAAUCAAAUAAGAUACAUAUAAUGAAAGUUGUGAAGUUUUACCAUGUACUCUUUGUGAAGAACAUGUUCAACUUUUAUUCAGAUGAGAUGUGCUUCGACACGCAAGAUCUUGAUGUAAGCAUGGCAAGCGAGCUUGAAAGUUCAAGAUCAAUUACAGCUUUGCCCACAGAAGUAGAAGACACGCAGAAGUCUGCUAUAAAAAAACCUACCAGUACUACACUGACCAAGUCCAAAUCUCCAAAGCUACAAACAGUAGUCGAUCUGGAGAGGGAGAAGCUGGAGGUGCUGCAUCAAAUCCAACGUGAUGGAAGUCAUAGGCUAGACAUUGAGAGGAAAAGAUUGGCCAUUGAGGAGAGAAGACAGGCUGUCGAAGAAAAGAGACUGGCUCUCGAUGAGGAAAUUUUGAGUUUGCUAAGAAAUAAAUCUAUCAGUUCCCCUUUCAGCCUGUCCCCCAUGAUAAAAUUCGCAUAG